AUGGGCAGAGUUUCAUGGUUUCAAUCAGAGUUUAAUUCUUUUAUCGACGCUAAUUUUCUUGCUGCAUCACAAACCUCAGGUUAUUCAAAAGUACAUAGACAAAGCCAAGCAAUGGGCUGGUUUUGGUGGACCAAAGAGCCAAAAAUUGAAAAAUAUUCUAUUGAAAAUUUAAA